AUGAACCUGUCCUCCUCCUGGAAACGUCCUUCCCGCCCUCCAAUCCAGAGUCAUUGCCGGAAUUCUUUCAGCUGGGCUCAGACUUUGAGGGCUCUCUGCAUAUCUGGAAGACUAUUUGAGGCGGUAGAGCUCUUGUGCCGGAGAAGGUCGUCGCAGGAUCACCGGACAUAUGCUCUUCUGCUGCAGGAGACCGUCAACAGGAAAGAAGCAAAGCUUGGGAAAAGGAUUCACGCCCACAUUAUCACCACUGGGUUCACCCCUAACGAGCAUCUCAGGACUAAAUUGUUGAUUUUCUAUGCCAAAAUUGGUGAGUUGCUUGUCGCACGCCACCUGUUCGAUAGGACUCCCGGGGCACAAAGAGGUAUAGUCUCGUGGAACGCAAUGAUAUCGGGCUAUGUGCGAGCGGGCCUCGAGCGAGAAGGCCUCAACCUCUAUCGUUCGAUGCGGCUGGUCGGCUUGGAGCAGGAUCAGUUCACAUUCGUGUCCGUUUUCAAUGCUUGUGCCAAGCUAGCAAUGCUGGAGCACGGAAGACGAGCACAUUGUCUGAUGAUCAAAAGAAGCGUCAAGGCUAAUGUCAUUGUGAGCACUGCCCUCAUGGAUAUGUAUCUCAAGUGCAGUAAUCCGCACGAUGGCCGCCAGGUUUUCAAGAGCUCAUUCGAGAGAAAUGUCACCAUGUGGACGGCUUUGAUAUCGGGCUAUGGGCAGCACGGGUAUGUUACGGAGGUGCUUGAGCUGUUCGACCAGAUGAUCAAAGAUGGUUUUCGGCCAAAUCAUGUGACCUUUCUUGCUGUUCUUUCAGCUUGUGCCCACGGAGGCCUGAUCGAUGAAGGAUGGAAAUAUUUUUAUUCCAUGACAAAAGAAUAUGGAAUUACGCUGAGGGGACAACACUGUUCAGCAAUAGUAGACAUGUUGGGGCGGGCUGGGAGAUUGAUUGAAGCCUACGAGUUUGCGAAGAGGUUGCCUUGUGACAGACACUCUGUGAUUUGGGGAGCUCUCGUUGGUGCCUGCAGGAAACAUGGAAAUAUGGAGUUGGUUAAGUUUGCUGCUAAGAAAUUUUUCGAACUGCAGCCUGAGAAUGCUGGCAAACUUGUAGUUUUGUCAAAUACUUUUGCAGCUUGUGAGAUGUGGAAAAGUGUGGCUGACAUUCAUGGAAUGAUAAGCUUAUUAGGGAUGAAAAAAGACCCUGCGUGGAGCUCCAUUGAACUUCGAGGGGAGGUCCAUACAUUCCUUGUUGGAGAUAAAUCUCAUGAACAAAUUGCAAUGAUAUAUGAGGUGAGCAAUGCUUUAGCUCGCAGUUUAGCACAAGGAGCUUAUGCUGCUGAUGUAGAGGUUAAUGUAUUCACAUGA